AGAUUUUGGUAUUUUCCUUUCUUGUUAAUACGCCAACAUGUCGUCGUCGUCGUCGUCAAGCACUAAGAGAAAGUUCACCGAGUUAGAAGAAGGAUGGGAAAUUAUACAUAAAGGAAUCAAGAAGGUUAUAGAAGGCUUGCCUGAGCCGCCGAAAUCCACCAUCGACGAAAACAUGUUGAUAUAUACGACUAUAUUCAAUAUGUGUACUGAAAAGUUAGGGGUGGGAGAUACCUAUGCAGUAGACCUGUAUAACAGGUAUAAGCAAGUAUUUGAAGACUACAUCACAUCCACGGUUUUGCCAUCUUUGAGAGAAAAUCAAGAUGAACUUUUCUUGAAAGAACUGCAUGAUAGAUGGACAAAUCACAAAACUAUGACCAGGUGCCUCUCCAGAAUGUUUCGUUAUCUUGAUCGAUACGAUAUCCCAAGAAAAGAACUUCCCUCUCUUGAAGAUACUGCUUUCUUAUCCUUCUAUAACUUGGUUUAUGAUGAGAUGCAUAAACAAGCAAUGGAUGCAGUGUUAGCUAUGAUUUGUCGGAAACAUGCAGGAGAGGAAAUUGAUGAAACAUUGGUUCAUAAUACAUUGAGUUUCUACUCAGAGAUUGGAGAAAGAGCAAGAAAAAAAGAACCAAUACUAUUUGCACUAACAAUGAUUGAAGAGAAUGCACCAUUCUAUUGCGAUGAGGCUUCAAAUUUGAUAACAGGUUCUUCCUCCGUGGAUAACACACCAAAGAAAGAGAAAAUGCAUGAUGAGAGUCCGAGUCCAAGUACUGUUCCAUCAAAGAAAAUGAUCAACUUGAUAAGCUCAGAUGGUGUUGCGUUUGAAGUUGAGUACGAUGUGGCAAUUAUGUCAAAAACAGUCGAAGAUGCAAUCGAAACGAAUCCUACUACUGGUGAAAUUAAUAGCAUUCCUCUUUCUUUAGUGCAUAGCACAGUGUUGAGCAAGAUAAUUGAAUACUGCCAGAUGCAUAAGAAUAUACAGAUAUCAGAAGAUUAUCUCAAGGUUUGGGAUGAAGAAUUCGCCAAUAUCGACUGUUCAAGUUUGUUUCAUCUUGUUUUAACUUCACACUUCAUGAACAUCAGCUGUCUGUCGAAUCUGGUAUAUAAUAAAAUGGCAGACAAUAUAAAAGGAAAGACACCAAGAGAAAUUGCAGAGUUAUUUGGCAUUCCAUUUGAAGGUACCUCUAACUCACAGGAAGAAGAGAACAAACAGUAGUUAGUACCUUGAGCUUAUUUCAUGUUUAGCUUGUCAUUUCAACUUUCAUGCCUCUUUGUUUCUUAAAGAUAGUAUAACAUCCUGUUAGUAUCUCUGAACUUGAUACACAGACUACCCUCUUUGUAUUAGUACUGAUUUGAUGAAACAGUUCUCUAUGAAAAGCAACACUUUAUCAUCUAUCUUCCAAGAUUCUUUGUACUUGUGGUUUUAUUGGUUGUAUUCUUGCAAGGAUUAUUUCAA